AUGGCCUCCCUUAGUGUUCUCACCUUUGACGUUGAGGGUUGGGUAGUUGACUUUGAGGUUUGGGUAGAUGAUCUGCAGCUUUUCCUACAGUGCGAUAGGGCAGACGGUCUCUCCCUGUUUGACCUGACUUCUGGUGCCUCUCCUGCCCUUGCUGCUGAUGCUGACGCCACUAUUCGCUCACAGUGGGCCGCGCGUGAUGCUGCUGCUCGCCUUGCUGUGCGCCGCCACUUACCGACCACUGAAAGUGCACACUUUAGCCAAUACAAGAGUGCUCAGACCUUGUACGACGCUGUAGUUGCACGCUACUCUUCCCCUGCCACUGCUGCACUGAGCUGCCUCAUGCUACCGUACCUCUUCCCUGACCUUGCUACCUUUCCCACAGUCGCUUACCUCAUUACGCACCUCCGCACUAGUGACACUCGCUACCGCGCUGCGCUUCCUGCUGAGUUCUGCGCCAAGAACCCCCCCCCCAUUCGGUCGGCGCUGCGUCUGCCCCGAACGGGAGACGCCGCACCGGCAAGGGCAAGGGGGCUGGAGGGGGCGGUGGAGGUGGUGGUGGAGGCAAUGGAGGGAGUGGGGGUGGUGGUGGGAGUGGUGCCGGGGGUGGCGGUGGCAGCGGCAGCAAUGGAGGCGGCGGAGGCAGCGGUGGUGGCGGAGGGAGCGAAGGAGGCCGAGGUGGCGGAGGAGGCGGAGGUGGAGGAGGCGCCGGAGGCGACGGCGGCAGCAGCGGUGGUGGAGCGGGUCGCGACUCUGCGCAGAGGAGUGGCUCAGGUGGAGGUCCGCGCCAGCAGCAGCGGAGUGGUGUGA